CCCUUAGUCUGUAUAUUUCCCAGCUGUGUUUAACGUGGCACAAUCCUGGUGUCAGGAUCGGAGCCCGGGCCUUUGAAAUGAGCAUGAUGCCGGGGAUCCCGGGCGUGGUUUUCAGAGCCGUUUCCCAAGUUGCGAGUUGAAGGCGGAAAAUGAGCCUAAACAGCGGCGUUCACCGCAGUACGUGGACAGACUUUUGACUCGGCGGAGUCCGCGCACCGUCUCCGACCCGGGCCUCGCGCCCGCGCCCCUCGCGGCGACCACCCUCUCGGGGCCCACCGUCGCCGCCAAAAUGCUCGACGACAAGAAGUUCCCGCACCAGUGCUGCCCUCUCUACGGCGCCCUCGACACCUCGCUCAUCCCGUGGCCGGGCCUCAAGUUCGCCUGCGUCCGGAUUUUGGAGUUGUACGGCAAGGUCUUCGACCAGAUCCAACUUUGCGAGCUUAUCAUUAGGAAAACGUGUAACUCGUGCAAGUGCCCGCGAGAGUCACACAAUGUGUACCACGAGGAGUGGGUCAACGUGAGGGAGAGGAUUGGAUUCAAAACGCCCGCCAAUGGGGACAGACUACCCUCGAAGGAGCUCUGUUUGAAUGAAGGAUACUCCUGGGUCCCUCCCGGAUUACCUAGUAAUAAAAUAAAGCAGUAUUUUGAUUGUUUUCCCGAGCACCAAGUACCAUGCCUGGGGACGCCCGGCGACAAGUACAGGGACAAGCAGUUGGUGCUCCAGCUACCGAAGCAGGACCUGGCCCUUACAUAUUGUCGACAUGUGGAAAGGGAGCAUCAGCAGAGCUUCGAGGACUUCAUCAACGCUCGGAAUGAAAUCGCCCUCGAUAUCGGUUACGCCGUCCUAGUCAAACACACCACGGAGUGUCCGGAAUGUCACAAGUCAUUGACGCCGGGCGAUGUGGGAGUCUUAGCAAUAAAGAUGGGGGACGAUCGGCUGUGGCACCCCAACUGCUUCAUUUGCCACCGCUGCCAGGCCCCCCUCGUAGAUCUGGCUUACUGCGUUCACGAUGAUCACCUCUACUGCGAACGACACUAUGCCGAGCAGCUGAAACCCCGCUGCGCUGCUUGUGAUGAGUUGAUUUUCAGUGGAGAGUACACGAAGGCCAUGAACAAGGACUGGCACUCUGGGCACUUCUGCUGCUGGCAAUGCGACGAGUCCCUCACAGGCAAACGAUACGUUCUCCGGGAUGAGCACCCGUACUGCAUCAAGUGCUACGAAUCAGUAUUCGCCAACCCUUGCGAGGAGUGCAACAAAAUCAUCGGAAUCGACUCUAAGGAUUUAUCGUAUAAAGACAAACAUUGGCACGAGAGCUGCUUCCUCUGCAAUAAGUGCAGAGUGUCUCUAGUCGACAAACAGUUCGGCUCAAAGGUCGAGAAAAUCUACUGCGGUAGCUGCUAUGACGCUCAAUUCGCCUCCAGAUGCGACGGUUGCGGAGAAAUCUUCAGAGCCGGGACAAAGAAGAUGGAAUACAAAACUCGACAGUGGCACGAGAAAUGCUUCAGCUGCGUAGUUUGCAAGACCCCGAUUGGCACGAAGAGCUUUAUCCCUCGCGAACAGGAGAUCUUUUGCGCCGGCUGCUAUGAAGAGAAAUUCGCCACUCGAUGUGUCAAGUGCACCAAGAUCAUCACAAGUGGAGGUGUGACAUACAAGAACGAGCCAUGGCAUAGGGAGUGUUUCGUGUGCACCCAUUGCAGCACCUCCUUAGCCGGACAACGGUUCACCUCCCGUGACGACAAGCCCUACUGUGCCGACUGCUUCGGAGAGCUCUUCGCCAAGCGCUGCACGGCUUGCAGUAAACCAAUCACAGGUAUUGGCGGCACCCGGUUCAUCUCGUUCGAGGACCGACACUGGCACAACGACUGCUUCAUCUGCGCCACGUGCAAGACCUCCCUCGUCGGACGGGGCUUCAUCACGGACGCCGAGGACAUCAUCUGCCCCGAAUGCGCCAAACAGAAACUCAUGUAGAUAUCCUAACCUAGAUCUAGCACACCCUUCCCCUUCAAUCACCUCACAAUUCACUCGUAACAACCAUUAAAACCAAACCAUGUACAGUCAACCAGGUAUAUGAAACCCUCUCAGGCCCGAGCUUCAACUGUCUGGAAUUUAUCCACCGUAAGGCGGCAGUCGGCCGGGAGGAAAUUGAACUUUCAGGGGUCCGUUGGAGUGUGUCGAGGGCUCGUCCCGAUCCUGUGUGUUGAAAAAACAUUUUUCUUCAACACACGAUUUUUUUUCACACACAAUUUUUUUUUCCCGCGUUAUGGACCAAUGUCCAUGACGUUGCCAAGAUCCAGCUUGGGUCAGCAGUAAUAACACGGAAACUUCAGUCACUGGACCUGGAAUUUUAUCAGUUACUUAAGCGAGAAUCAGCGUAUGCUCUCAGCAAAUUUUUAACGUCCGCGUUGUUGUUUCAGAUAAAAUGUUUCCUUGUACAUAGUCCUGAGCAACACGACAAGUUCGCGGUUGUGUUCCUCACGUCACUUAAUUUGUGAUUUUGUUCGAACGCAACUUUCAGCAAUCUAGUUCUAGUAAUGUCACAUUCUACUUGCCUGUUCUCCUUUUUCUUCAACAACAACUUCAACAAUAAACUUUUCAAACUAACAUCAGAUUUGUACAUCGGAGAGGGAAAUAUUGUUUCUUAAGACUCGUUUUCGGUGCCAUUAUCGACACGUUCUAACGCAUACGACCCCGCUUACCUAUCCAUUUCUGUUUUGAAGGUCGGCCCCUUUAAGUUCAAUAAUCUUAUCAUUGAUUUACCCUCAUGUACAUUGUACCUGCACAGAAAAUUUUGGAAGUUUCAAGAAUUUUCACGUUGGAAUCGCCACGACGCUAUAAGCGUACCUACCUCAAAUACGAGCCAAAUGUUGGGCUACGCAUAAUCAAUUAAUUUUCUCCGAACUUCCAAAAUUAUCUUUUGCAUGUGGUUUUGCGCCCCAAGUACCUUCUUUCGCCAUAAACAAUAUUGAGUGAAAAGAGAACCUCAAGCACGUGGCGAGAUUUAUUUUUCCUCACGAAGAGAAGGACGAUUUUGUAAAAAGACUUGCCCAACGCUUUUCUGUACUAAUAUUCUUUCGUUCACAAGUAUUCCAACUUUAAAAUGUGACCAACCAGUACGUCCAGUAUCAACACCUUAAAAUGACACUGAAGAACUUUGUGGACGAUCAUCGGUUGAAAAAUGCCGAUCGAGCUAAAUAUUAUGCAUGAAUUUGUUGGACUAUCCCUGGCUCUAUCUUGAUGAUGGAUUUUUACUGAUUUCAGGUCAGGUCAUUAGGUAGGACGUGACCAGUCCGUAGAAAGGUCAGAGAUCAGGUUCAGUUUUGGUUCAAUGUCGCCGGUUAAGUUGACAGCCGUAGCGUAGGGGUCCCAGCGUGCUAACCCAAACAAGCUGCAUUCUAGCGUAGACCCGUAAAAAAUUGUAUCAGUCAAACUAACAUUUUGGUGCUAGAUAUAAAUCUAUUUUUACUUUGUCAUAUAUUUAUAUACAUAUACAUCUAUUUUUUUAGAUAUCACCGCAAGAGGCUUUCAUGAGAUAGGUAUUUUCAGUAUUCUCGUCCAUUAGCGACCUUAAUAGUUACUUCACAGACACAUACAGAGAAUAUAAGUUUGAAACUUUUCAGUUAUGCUUACCAGAUUCGCCCUUUUUUAACCUAAAAAUCUGGAAUAUGAGCUUUCGCGUGACCUCAUCGUAUGCAUGGAUCCCUAUGAUUUCUUCCCUAUAGCAUAUCUAUACAUACUAUCGUCCCCAAUCCUCUCAGGGACCCUCCCAAUUAAAGUACCUACGCCAUUUCCCGCCCUUAUUUGAUUUUUUAUUUAAACUCUCUCUGAAUAAAUAAGUCUACCUUACUGCAUGCCCUCUUCUUUUUUGCACCCUUAUCCUCGUAUCAGGCUAUCUCUUGUAUAAAUUUUUCUAAUUCCACUAAACAAUGUCCUUUAGAGUCUUGAGACAUCGCCUGCAGCAUAUGUUACAUGGUUGGUCUCGUGUAGGUAUUUAUCCUAAUUCUGUGCCAUGAGGUUCUUUAUAUUGUACCUGCAUCCUUUUGUCCCAUUCUCAGCUGUGCUUGAAAUUCCCCAAUGAUAUCUUUUGCACCUACCUCUAUUACGCUGAAAAAUCAGAAUAUUAAACCUGAAUGAAUGAUCAUCCCUCAUCAAAUACUCAAAGUGUUGAAGAGCAGGUAUUUUGUAAUAUUUCACCCAUACAUCUCACCAGAUACCUGUACUUAAUCCAUCUUUAUCUAUCUCUUACACCUUCACCAAUUCAGGGGAGGACAUUUUUUUAGUCAUUUGUUUUCUUUUUUAGGCAAAAUGUGUUAUCGAUUUUGAAAAUUUUCGUAUUUUUAAAGCUACAGCAGUUAGAUCUGUAGAAUCCCAAUGCCGAAAAAAUAUGGCUUGGAAGAGCAAUUUGUUAACUGAGUCUGGGAUUAAUUGAAAGGGGACUUUUUAAUGAUGUAUGCUCAUUCCGUGAGUAAGUGAUUAAUUUGUUCCCUUUCCUCCUCCCCCAACGCUGGCAAAAGUCAUCUGCACGCACUCGCUUCAAGUAAAUUUUUGUAUUUUUAAGAGACUUACCCAUUUUUACUCAAUAGAAUUGAGUGUAAUUAUUUUUGUAAAAUUAUUGUCUAAUAUCAGUAGCUUAAAGUUAAAACAUAGUAGCUAACAAAUCGUAUCAAAACCUACCACUUACCGAGAAAAAUAUUUUAAUACCUAGACAGAUUUGUUGUUUAAUGCUUUAUUGUUUCUAUGUUAAUGUUUUGUAAGUAUUUAUUUUAUCCUUUAAUUUAAAAUGUACUAUCAUUGUUAUUGUUUUUUUGGGGGGGAUCUUUUAUGAAGUCGCUGUUGGCAACUUCGUAAGUCAUCGAUCGCAGGAAAAUUUCUGGCGGUGAAUUCGGUGAUUUCACCCAUGUGUUGUCAGUUUAAGUCAAUUUUUUCAAUUGUCGUUACACUGGAGUGAGCAAAGUAUUUCUAGCAGGUACUAAACGAGUCAGUAAUAUGUGACACUUUACUGUACCGAGAUCCAUCCCUCUGAAUUGUACUCUGUGUUUUUAAAAUCCUUCAAUCAAAGAAAUAAAUGUUUAAUCUACAUC